GACCAGUGGAUUGAGGACACUAUGGCUGGCAGACCCUGCAUGCCCACUUCUUCCCAUUUUAUCACUCCAAAAUCAUUCCCAACUUUGUCACUGUUUGAUUUGCUGGCUGGGAGAGACGUGGGGGCGCAUGACAAAGCUAAUGGGUGGACCCGAAGGAGAAUUUCCAGCCCCGUGAUUUGCUAAUCGGGGGCUGGUUUCCUUGUCGCUUCCCUGUAAUCGUGGCUCCGGUUUGUGGAGCUUGCCCAGCCCUCCUGUCUGCGGACGCACCAAGUGUACCGACUGCACUCUUUGCGCUUCGGUUAAAGCCCGACUACCUUCACUGUGAAGGCUGGGCACUGGGAAGGAGGAUCGGGGGCCUCGGUGUGGCUGAAAGAAGAGGCAGAAACUCCUCACUUAUGGCUUUUUUGUAGGACAGCUUCCAUCAUCAUUUGGGAUUGUGGACGGGACGUCUUUAAGAAUCACCUGAAGUCGCCCAAAAGUUUUACUCACUUGUGGGCGCUCAACCAUGGAGAUGCAAAGGUGGUCCACAAGGUGGAAAACGAAAAGGUGGCUUAUGGAUUCCACUGUAACCGCAUUCAUCACUUUAUCCCUGGUUCUACAGGCUGCCAGUGUCACAGCAGAACCAGUGGAUGUGCUAAAGGUAUUAGAAUUUCAAAAUUACCCCGAAGGAGUGACGAAAACAUCAGGAUUUUGCACAAACCGAAGAGCAUCAAAGCCGGACUCAGCUUACAGAGUUGCCAAGCAGGUCCAGAUCAGUGCCCCCACCACGCAGUUGUUCCCUGGUGGUGUUUUUCCUGAGGACUUCUCCAUCCUGACCACACUGCGCCCCAAGUCCGGCAUCCAGUCCUUUUUACUGUCCAUUUACAACGAGCAGGGGGUCCAGCAGCUUGGUGUUGAAGUGGGACGCUCACCUCUCUUCCUGUAUGAGGAUCAGACUGGCAAGCCAGCACCGGAGGACUACCCUCUCUUCCAAACUCUUAACCUCGCUGACGGAAAGUGGCACCGCGUGGCCAUCAGUGUGGAGAAGAAGACGGUCACCGUCAUUGUCGACUGUAAGAAGAAGUUCACCAAAAGUCUCCUCAGGAGCGACCACGCUUCUAUCAGCACCGACGGCAUCACAGUGUUCGGCGCCAGGAUCCUGGAAGAGGAGGUUUUCCAGGGUGACAUCCAGCAACUCCUGAUUGUGGCGGAUCCAAAAGCGGCAUACGACUACUGUGAACAUUACAGCCCAGACUGUCACACUCCCCACAGCGAUUCCCUACAGGCCCAGGAGCCAGAGGAUGAGUACACUACUGAUGAUUUAGAUUACUCUCAGUUCUAUGAUUACUCUGAGGGAGCCACAGACAUCGUUCCAACUGAUGAGUAUUCUGAACCACAGAGAAAGAAACGUAGUGUCUCCAUGAAAAAGAAGAAGACCAGAAAGUCCCUCAGUAAAACUAAGGCCAGGCCCUUAAACUUCUUGGCUUCCAAAAAAUCACCAGCUAAAAAGUUUGCAGCUAAGAAGAAGCAACAGAUGCCUGGCUACCAGGCCACAGCGCCAGCACGACCCCGAGGCAAUUUUAGGCCAAACAUUUUAGAAGGAGAUUACAAUACAGACAUUGACUACGGAACUAUAGAUGUUACUCAAACUCAGUCUCCCUAUGCCACGAGCAGACCCAGUGAGGCUGUGGAGGAGGAUAUUGUCGGUGCAUAUGACACCGAGGCCGUUCCCGUUGCUCCGGAGUCCACCACUGUCCCAGAAACAGUGGACAACUUGGACACUGGUGCAUACGACUUUAAGGAAUAUGACCUAAAGGAGUAUGACUUGGGCGGGGUUGACAACAGGUUGUAUGAUUACGGGGCAUAUGAUGAGUAUGGCACGGCCCCUUCCAAACCCACGGCAAACUACAAUGAUGAGGUGGGGCCCGGGGUUGCUGCUGAAACCGACGUUUCUGAGAGCACCGUUGCUGGUGCUGGAGGAGUCCUUGGUCAGAAGGGAGAAAAGGGCGAGCCGGCUGUUAUUGAACCUGGCAUGCUGAUUGAAGGACCACCAGGACCCCCCGGCCCAGCUGGUCUUCCAGGUCCCUCAGGGCUGCAAGGACCCCCAGGCACUUCUGGAGAUCCUGGUGACAGGGGUCCACCUGGUCGUCCUGGUCUUCCCGGUGCUGAUGGGUUGGCAGGGCCCCCUGGUACUAUGCUGAUGCUGCCAUUCCGUUUUGGUGGAGAUGGUGAGAAGGGUCCAGUGGUGUCGGCCCAAGAAGCUCAAGCCCAGGCCAUCCUCUCCCAGGCCAGACUGGCCAUGCGGGGACCCCCUGGGCCGAUGGGUUUGACAGGAAGAUCUGGGCCAGUGGGUCUUCCUGGUAAUUCUGGACUGAAAGGUGAAAGUGGAGACCCUGGUCCUCAGGGCCCACGUGGCAUCCAGGGGCCUCCAGGACAACCUGGCAAAGCUGGCAAGAGGGGCCGUGCUGGAGCUGAUGGGGCCCGUGGCAUGCCUGGAGAACCAGGCAGCAAGGGUGACAGAGGCUUUGAUGGACUCCCUGGACUGCCUGGUGAAAAGGGACACAGAGGGGAGCCAGGGCCAAUGGGACCCACAGGUGCCCCCGGAGAGGAUGGACAGAGAGGCGAGGAUGGAGAGAUUGGGCCCAGAGGAUUAGCUGGCGAGAGUGGUCCAAGAGGUUUGCUGGGACCACGUGGUCCUCCAGGACCCCCUGGAUCUCCUGGUGUUGCUGGAGUUGACGGGCCUCCAGGUCCCAAAGGAAACAUGGGCCCACAAGGAGAACCAGGCCCACCAGGGCAGCAGGGAAUCCCCGGGACACAGGGUCUUCCUGGUCCUCAAGGCCCCAUUGGACCACCUGGAGAAAAAGGACCUCAGGGCAGGUCGGGGUUGCCUGGAUUACCUGGAGCUGAUGGGCCUCCUGGUCAUCCCGGUAAGGAGGGUCCACCUGGAGAGAAAGGAGCACAGGGUCCUUCUGGUCCACAGGGUCCUAUUGGUUAUCCUGGCCCUCGUGGUGUCAAGGGUGCCGACGGCGUCCGUGGUCUCAAGGGAGGGAAGGGAGAGAAGGGCGAGGAUGGUUUCCCAGGUUUCAAGGGUGACAUGGGAAUCAAAGGAGAUCGGGGUGAGCUUGGCUUGCUUGGGCCCCGUGGAGAAGACGGUCCUGAGGGUCCUAAAGGCCGAUCUGGCCCCAACGGAGAGUCAGGUCCUGCUGGUCCGGCUGGAGAAAAGGGUAAACUGGGCGUUCCAGGAUUGCCAGGUUAUCCAGGAAGACAAGGACCUAAGGGCUCAAGCGGUUUCCCUGGAUUCCCUGGAGCCAACGGCGAGAAAGGAGCCAGAGGUGUUGCUGGCAAGCCUGGUCCAAGAGGGCAAAGAGGUCCAACAGGUCCUCGUGGGGGUCGAGGAGCCAGAGGUCCAACAGGAAAACCAGGUCCCAAGGGCACAGCAGGCAAUGAUGGUCCUCCAGGCCCACCUGGCGAGCGAGGGCCUCAAGGACCUCAGGGACCAGUGGGCUUCCCUGGACCAAAGGGACCCCCUGGACCACCUGGAAAGGAUGGGCUGCCCGGACACCCUGGUCAGCGUGGAGAGACGGGUUUCCAAGGAAAAACUGGUCCACCUGGCCCUGGAGGUGUUGUCGGGCCCCAGGGACCAACUGGAGAGACCGGUCCCGUUGGUGAGAGAGGCCACCCUGGACCCCCUGGGCCACCCGGAGAACAGGGUCUUCCCGGUGCUGCUGGCAAGGAGGGAGCAAAGGGUGACCCCGGACCACAGGGAUCCAGUGGCAAAGAUGGCCCCCCUGGCCUUCGAGGCUUCCCUGGAGAAAGAGGUCUACCCGGUGCUACGGGCCCAGCAGGUCUGAAGGGCGGAGAGGGGCCACAAGGUCCACCUGGUCCUGUUGGCUCUCCUGGGGAGAGGGGUCCUGCUGGUGCAGCUGGUCCAAUUGGCCUGUCUGGUAGGCCUGGUCCUCAGGGUCCCCCAGGUCCUGCGGGAGAGAAGGGAGCACCUGGCGAGAAAGGGCCCCAGGGUCCUGCUGGUCGUGAUGGUGUUCAAGGUCCUGUUGGCCUGCCUGGACCUGCUGGACCUCAGGGUCCACCCGGAGAGGACGGUGACAAGGGAGAGGUUGGAGAGCCCGGUCAGAAAGGAAGCAAAGCUGACAAGGGAGAGCAGGGUCCUCCUGGCCCAGCUGGUCUCCAAGGUCCCAUAGGUGCCCCAGGUCCUGCUGGAGCUGAUGGAGAGCCUGGUCCCAGAGGUCAGCAGGGUAUGUUUGGACAGAAGGGAGAUGAAGGCUCCAGAGGUUUCCCUGGACCCCCUGGUCCCAUCGGCCUGCAGGGGCUUCCUGGACCUCCUGGCGAGAAGGGAGAGAACGGUGAUGUUGGCCCCAUGGGCCCACCUGGUCCCCCUGGUCCCAGAGGUCCUCAGGGUCCUAGUGGAGCUGAUGGUCCUCAAGGCCCACCAGGAGGAGUGGGCCCCAUGGGAUCUGUGGGUGAGAAGGGUGAACAAGGUGAGGCUGGAAACCCGGGACCACCUGGAGAGUCUGGAACUGGGGGACCUAAAGGUGAGAGAGGAGAGAAAGGAGAGGCUGGCCCCCCUGGAGCUGCUGGACCUGCUGGUGCCAAAGGACCCCCCGGGGAUGACGGUCCAAAGGGGAACCCUGGUCCUGUUGGAUUCCCUGGAGACCCUGGCCCUCCUGGAGAGCCAGGUGUUGCUGGCACUGAUGGGGAAUCAGGAGAGAAGGGAGAGGAUGGUGAGGCUGGUCAGCCGGGACCUCCAGGUCCAUCUGGAGAAGCUGGCCCACCUGGACCACCUGGCAAGAGAGGACCUCCGGGAGCUGCUGGUGCAGAGGGCAGGCAAGGAGAGAAGGGCGCUAAGGGUGAGGCAGGUGCUGAGGGUCCAGCAGGUAAAACAGGACCAGUUGGACCCCAGGGACCUCCAGGAAAACCCGGUCCAGAGGGUCUGCGUGGAAUCCCUGGCCCUGUUGGUGAACAAGGACUGCCCGGCGCCCCAGGACAAGAUGGUCCACCUGGUCCCAUGGGUCCUCCUGGUCUUCCUGGUUUGAAAGGUGAUCCUGGGUCUAAAGGUGAAAAGGGUCACCCAGGUUUGAUUGGCCUGAUUGGACCCCCUGGUGAGCAAGGAGAGAAGGGAGACAGAGGUUUGCCUGGGCCCCAAGGUUCUCCCGGUGGCAAGGGCGACAGUGGUAUUGGUGGAUCGUCUGGUCCGCUCGGUCCCCCAGGUCCCCCUGGUCUGCCUGGUCCUCAAGGUCCAAAGGGAGCCAAGGGUUCAGCUGGUCCCGCUGGUGCAAAAGGAGAUACUGGUUCAAUUGGUCCUCCUGGUCCUCCUGGCCCACCAGGUGAAGUCAUCCAGCCCCUGCCCAUCCAGUCGCCCAAGAAGACCAAGCGCUCCAGUGACGUGCAGUCAGACGCAGCCAUGAUGGACUAUGGCGAGGGCAUGGAGGACAUCUUUGGCUCGCUCAACAACCUCAAACAGGACAUUGAACGCAUGAAAUACCCCAUGGGAACACAAAACAACCCGGCUAGAACAUGCAAAGAUCUGCAGCUCUGUCACCCAGAGUUCCCUGAUGGCGAAUACUACAUUGAUCCAAACCAAGGCUGCUCAGGAGAUUCCUUCAAAGUAUACUGUAACUUCACCGCCGAGGGCGAAACCUGCAUCUAUCCGGAUAAGAAGUCUAAUGGAGUCAGAAUAUCCUCAUGGCCAAAAGAAGCCCCUGGGUCAUGGUUCAGUGAAUUUAAGCGUGGUAAAAUACUUUCCUAUGUUGACGCAGAUGGAAACUCAAUAAACAUGGUACAGAUGACCUUCCUCAGACUACUGACAGCCUCAGCCAGGCAAAACUUCACCUACAGCUGCCACCAGUCUGUGGCGUGGCACGACGCCACCAGCGACAGCUAUGACAAGGCACUGCGCUUCCUGGGCGCCAACGAUGAGGAGAUGUCCUACGACAAUAACCCUUACAUCAAGGCCCUCUCAGAUGGAUGUGCGACGAGAAAGGGCUAUGGAAAGACUGUGAUGGAGAUUAAUACUCCCAAAAUCGAUCAGGUUCCAAUCAUCGAUGUCAUGUUGACUGACUUUGGGGACCCCAACCAGAAGUUUGGGUUUGAAGUUGGGCCCGUCUGCUUCCUUGGCUAAGUAAAAACGAAAAAGAAAAAGAAAAAAAAAAAAAGGACUCGAUGGGGCCAGCAAAGAAAGUCAAGUUGAGACGUUUUGGGUACCACCAAACCCCAUUUCUAGCUCCCCACCCUUUUCUAUGCCACAUGCAAGUUUUGAAUAAGAGAUGGUGUAGCAAACAUGUCUUUCCAUGUAUGUACGUGUAACCCAGGAAAAUACUUGUUGCCCUUGUAGGGCUCGAACCACAUGACUUAACCACGUUACGGAGCAAAGGUGAAGGACAUUUGAAGGUGUGGCAGAGGAGGGUGAAUCGGAGGUAACCAAGAGAGGGGGUCAGGAGACAUGAGGGGACACGGGCCUCCUCUCUGGAUACUCCAGGUGCUGUAUGAAAACGACUACAAUGGUGCUUGUUCAAAAAACACAAAAAGUAUAAAGAGGUGCUAAGAAAGAAGGUGUAUUUUGAUAAUUAUAAAAAAAAAAAACUGUAAUUAUUAUUUUGUACAAUACUGUUAUUUCUGAAUCCACUUUCAAAACUUGCAUGUGUAUCAGAUUCUGCUUCCAGCUCUCAUGUUUCAAUGUUGGUUAGACGUACAGUGUAAGUUAAAGACAUCAUUCAAUCAAAUGAAUUUAUAAUUCUGGUAUUUUAUUUUGUUGAACACAUGCUGUGUACCUGUCAUGACACAAAUAAAGUGAGCAUUCAAACAAUUCUCUAUUGCUAAAUUAGACUGUAUGCCCUUUGUAUAUAUUGACAGUCCAAAGCUUGAGGUUAUUUGCUGUUUUGCCCUUGUGACCGUAGGUGAACCAACUGGAAGUAUCACACCAACACGUAUACGGCAACAUCUCCCACUAAUGUUGUGAUCCUGUGCUAGUAGGAAGCAAUCCUGGCAUUCAUUUUUCCUUUAUUUAAUUCUAUUUGUUGUUUUUUUUUUCUCUGUUUUGUUUCCUGACAGGCUUUUUAUUUCGGUUGUAUACCUCAAACUUUCUUGAUAACCUGUACGAUGCAAGGAUGUUAUGCCCUGUAUAUACCUUGGUUAAGCAAUUAAGUUUAUAUAUUUUGGGUGGGGAUUUUUUUGUUUUUUUUAAAGAGAGAAAUACGAUAACUGUUAAACAUCCACUGUUCAAAUCCUUCUGUGAAUGCAAUGAGAAGCCCUUUAGGUGACCCAUUUUUGUAACUAAAAUGAGAAAAUGUUUUAAUGUGCUUUUUAUAGUUCAUUUAAAUAUUAAAAACUGGAUUCUAAACAACA